AUGGCCGAAAUAACCAUCUCCGAACGUGUGGGGGUACCAGAAGCUAUCCAAGCAAGUACAGAAAUUGCAACAGAACAACUUGAAGAACACUCAAAUACACAGACCGCGCUCGCGCAGACCUCAACUACAGAUCAAGAAAAUGCCCUCGUACCGACUACCACAGCGACCGACGGCGAAGUUGCUCAGAAGAAGACCAAGAAGAUAAUAAGACGGAAGAAGAGGCCGGCUAGACCGCAGGUUGAUCCGUCGACAUUCAAGUCGGAGCCUCCGCCACAGACGGGAACGAUCUUUAACAUCUGGUAUAAUAAAUGGUCCGGCGGUGAUCGCGAAGAUAAAUAUUUGUCGAAAACAGCUGCGGCUGGGCGAUGCAAUGUUGUGAAAGAUAGUGGCUAUACUCGCGCCGACAAGGUGACGGGAUCAUACUUUUGUCUCUUUUUUGCGAGGGGUAUCUGUCCCAAAGGACAAGAAUGCGAAUACCUCCAUCGCCUGCCUACAAUCCACGACAUCUUCAACCCCAACGUCGACUGUUUCGGUCGCGACAAAUUCAGCGAUUACAGAGAUGACAUGGGCGGUGUCGGAUCGUUUAUGCGACAAAAUAGGACGCUUUACAUUGGUCGUAUCCAUGUCAGUGACGAUAUUGAAGAGAUUGUGGCGAGACAUUUUCAAGAAUGGGGCCAGAUAGAGCGGGUGCGUGUUUUGACGUCGAGGGGUGUUGCGUUUGUUACGUAUUCAAAUGAGGCAAACGCUCAAUUUGCAAAGGAGGCCAUGGCACACCAGAGUUUGGAUCAUAACGAAAUUCUGAACGUUCGCUGGGCGACAGUUGAUCCCAAUCCUCUAGCCCAAAAGCGAGAAGCCCAUCGCCUCGAAGAACAAGCGGCUGAGGCUGUCCGGCGGGCACUCCCAGCCGACUUCGUCGCAGAACUCGAAGGUCGGGAUCCCGAGGCUAGGAAACGAAAGAAAAUAGAAGGCAGCUUCGGUCUUGAUGGUUAUGAACCUUCGGAUGACAUUUGGUAUGCUCGGACGCGGGAGAUUGAAAACUCGGAAGAGACUGCUCGUCAAUUAGAGUCUUCUGGACAAGCACUUCUUAUCGAGAAUGCGCCAGCUCAAGACAUGGCUUCUGCGAUUGGUGGUCAACAGCAAGAGUCAGGUGGUAUAUUGUCUAGCUCGACUCUGGCUGCGCUCAAAGGGUUUGCGCCGGCAGCACAACCCGCUGCAGCUAGUUCCGGCGGGCCUUUGGUGGCUUAUGGCAGUGAUGAUGACAGCGAUUGA